AUGAACGAAAUCGCUACACUCUCGAAGCACGGUGCCGAGAAUGCUUCAGUACCAGGCCAUUGGGAUCCAUUGGUGGCGGCGCUAUCCAACGUAUACUCACCACAGAAUCCGGAUGGCUUGGUUAUGCUGGGUCUUGCCGAGAGCUCGCUGAUGCAUGAUGAGCUUUAA